AUGAAGCUUUCUCUCUCUACCUUGUUGAACCCACAUUCCAAAUUUGCUUCUCAAAAGGCCUUCAGGCUUUUCUUUAGCUCAACAUCCACUCAAACUCUCUCUUCACCUAAAUGGCCUCAAACACUCUACCGUAGAAUCUCACCAGUGGGUGACCCUAAUAUUUCCAUUGUGCCAGUACUUGAUCAGUGGGUCAGAGAAGGAAAGGAAGUCCAGAGAGAAGAGCUUCAAUGGAUCAUCAAAGAAUUGAAAUUCUACAGACGGUACAAACACGCUCUCGAGAAGCAAAUUCCCCCAAAACCACCGGAUGUAUCUAAAACCUUUGCUUCACUUUUUACGAGCCCGAAGAACUCUGUUUUGUUCUUGAACCCGACAACUUGCUCGGGCUUGGUUCUUGGAUCAAAUUCUGAUAUAGUUCCUGUUUAUUAUGGUAAAAUCUCAUCUAUGCCUCCUUCGAUUUAUAAGGUAGAUCAAAAUUCCUCAUCCAAUCAAAUCCCUUCGAAUGUUCAGAUCCCAUCUUUUACCCAAAUUUCUUCGGUUACUCAUAUUCCUUCGAAUGGUAAGAUCUUGUCAAAUUCUCAUAAUCCUUCGUCUGUGUUGGUAUCAUCGUCAGAUUCUUUUCCUUCAAAUGUUCAGAUUUCUUCUAUUUCGCAAAUUCCUUCGAUUGUCCAAGUUUCUUCGAUUUCUCAUGAAUCUUUGGUAAAUCCUGUGAGUGGUCAGAUUGCUUCUGAUAUUCCUGAAGGGACUUUGAGGAAUUUGAUUUCUUCCGUAGAAGCUCCAAAGCCAGCAAAACGAGUGGUAUACAACAACGGCGAACUGGGAAUGUAUUGGUCGCUAGAGGAAACUCAACAAUUAUCAAAGGGUUUUCAUCAGUCUUUGAUUGGGAAAUGUGCAUACGGUAAGCCUUCUGUGGGAGUAAUCAAGGAGUUUAUCAAAUCUAAGUGA